CGCGCUCACCCUCCACUCUUCCGGCACUCUCCCCGGUUGCGUGCGGUUCACUCAGCCGCUGCGUUCCGCAACCACGAAACGGCGGUGCCUUCCAAUCAGAGCCAUGAGAGCCGCCGUUCAGAGGGUUGCCUCCGCCAGCGUCGAGGUCGAAGGCCGUAUAGUGUCGGAGAUUGGCCCUGGCCUCCUUGUUCUCGUCGGAAUCCGACACCGACUCCAAUGCCGAUUAUAUAUGUCGGAAGGUCUUGAACAUGAUGAGAUUGUUCACGAACGAAAGUACAGGGAGAGGGUGGGACCAAAAUGUAAUGCAGAAGAAUUAUGGGGUUCUUUUAGUCAGUCAAUUUACAUGUUG